AUGCGACAUGACGUUUUCGGCAUUGAUACGCAGGUCUAUGGCCAGUUCUACAAUCGGAGUAUUACCGAGAGGGGCUUGGUCAACAAGACACCGCCGCUCCUUAGCGACUCCUGGAAGCCAACGAGGCAGCAGUUGGAGCACUUCCAGGGCACGUUCGCAGCGUGGAGUCAAGGUAGAGGAACGCUGAGCCAAGCCGACUUCAGGCCCUUUCUGCUGGAGAUCAGCGUCGAGCUAACUCCGGCACAGGUCCGUGGCCUUUGGCUGGAGUGCACCCAAGCAGGCGCGACACGGCUUGCAUACGACGAGGCCCUGCUGGCCUACUGCAAAGUCAUGGAAUCUCCAGUGCACUUUCGCACUGCACCCGGCGCUGCACCACCGGGGCAGCCAGUGGAGGAGCUUCCUCUGCGCUCCGAGAAGGAGCUCCACCACGGUUUCGAUGACGAGCUGGCGGAGAAGAGGACUUGGCAACAUCUCCCGAGCGUUGGCCCUGGUCUGCCUCUAGAAGAGGCCGAGGCAUUUCUCCGCGCCGAGGGCGUGAAGCCAACGCGAAUAGACGAGCUGCUGCAACGUUUCCGCCGCGAAGGGGCCGUGCCUCAGGCCUUCCUGGCCGACCUGCUCGAUGAGCUGCCCGGAAUGCCGGGAGAUACCCCUGACGAAGGGUGA